GGUUUGCUUUGCAGCUCGCGGACUUUAGCCUAAACACCAGCUAGCGAAGUUGGCUUUAUUUGUCCAUGUCUCGGACGCGACCUGGGAGUCUGCCAGUGGCAUUUUAGAGCGCAGGAGCUCGAAGGGGCGGGAGUUGUGGCAAUCCUUCUGGGAUGUGAAAAGCAUGCAGCGGACCUAAGAGACACUGUGCAAAACACAGGAAAUCACUGCGGAUUCUGGGCGCCUCUGCAGACCCGAUCAGACCCUGCCCCGCGGCGCCAGGAGCAGUGGCCAGCAACUGAGCGUCCCGUCCUGCCAGCUCCUGCGCUCAGAUCCGCACGUCCCCAGGGCCCGGUGCCCUCAGCCACCACCAUGGCCCCCAGUCGCCGGACCGGACCAGAGGUCUCUGUCGCCUACUGCUGGCUCUUUUUCACCGGCUUCUGCUUAUCAUUCAAUGUUGAUGUGAAAAAUUCAAUGACUUUCAGUGGCCCAGUAGAAGACAUGUUUGGAUAUACUGUUCAACAAUAUGAAAAUGAAGAAGGCAAAUGGGUGCUAAUUGGUUCUCCAUUGGUUGGUCAGCCUAAGAAUAGAACUGGAGAUGUCUAUAAAUGUCCAGUUGGGAGAGGCGAAUUACCUUGUGUGAAGUUGGAUCUACCAGUGAAUACUUCAAUUCCCAAUGUCACAGAAGUAAAGGAGAACAUGACAUUUGGAGCAACUUUAGUCACUAACCCAAAAGGAGGGUUUCUGGCAUGUGGGCCCCUAUAUGCUUACAGAUGUGGACAUUUGUAUUACACAACUGGAAUCUGUUCUGAUGUCAGCUCCACAUUUCAAGUUGUAAACUCUGUUGCUCCUGUACGAGAAUGUGCCACUCAGCUGGAUAUAGUCAUAGUAUUGGAUGGUUCCAACUGUAUUUACCCAUGGGAAAAUGUUACAAUCAUUUUUAAAUGACCUUCUUGAAGAAUGGAUAUUGGUCCUAAGCAAACACAGGGUAUUGGCUUUAUAUUUCAGGUUGGAAUAGUACAGUAUGGAGAAAAUGUAACCCAUGAGUUCAGCCUCAAUAAGUACUCAUCGACAGAAGACGUGCUUGUGGCAGCAAAUAAAAUAGUCCAGAGAGGUGGCCGCCAGACCAUGACCGCUCUUGGAAUAGACACAGCCAGGAGGGAGGCUUUCACUGAAGCACGGGGUGCUCGAAGAGGUGUUAAUAAAGUUAUGGUUAUUGUGACCGAUGGAGAGUCUCAUGACAACUAUCAUCUUAAAAAGGUCAUCCAAGACUGUGAGGAUGACAACAUUCAACGGUUUGCCAUAGCUAUUCUUGGCAGCUAUAAUCGAGGAAAUUUAAGCACAGAAAAAUUUGUGGAGGAAAUAAAAUCAAUUGCAAGUAAGCCAACGGAGAAGCAUUUUUUCAAUGUCUCUGAUGAAGCAGCUCUACUCACUAUUGUUGAAGCUCUUGGAGAAAGAAUAUUUGCUCUGGAAGCUACAAUUGACAAGUCAACAGCUUCAUUUGAAAUGGAAAUGUCUCAGACAGGCUUCAGUGCUCAUUAUUCACAGGAAUGGGUCAUGCUUGGAGCAGUAGGAGCCUACGAUUGGAAUGGAACAGUUGUCAUGCAGAAGAGUGAUCAGAUUGUAAUCCCACAAAACAACAGCUUUAAUGUUAAUCCCACAGAAACAAAUGAACCUCUUGCUUCUUAUUUAGGCUACACAGUGAACUCAGCCACUGUUUUUGGUGAUGUGAUCUAUAUUGCGGGACAACCACGGUACAAUCACACAGGCCAGGUGGUUGUCUACAAGAUGGAAGGUGAAGACAUCAAUAUUCUUCAAACGCUGAGUGGAGAACAGAUAGGUUCCUACUUUGGCAGCGUUUUAACAACCAUUGACAUCGAUAAAGAUUCUAACACUGAUCUUCUUCUUGUUGGAGCACCCAUGUACAUGGGGUCAGAGAAAGAGGAGCAAGGAAAAGUAUAUGUGUACACGCUCAAUCAGACAAGGUUUGAGUAUCAAAUGAGCCUGGAACCCAUUAAGCAGACUUGUUGCUCAUCUCUAAAGGACAAGUCCUGCACAAAGAAAAACAAAAAUGAGCCAUGUGGGGCUCGUUUUGGAACAGCGAUUGCAGCAGUGAAAGAUCUCAAUCUGGAUGGGUUUAAUGACGUCGUGAUCGGGGCUCCCCUGGAAGAUGACCAUGGCGGAGCAGCGUACGUCUACCAUGGGAACGGCAGGACGCUGCAGAAGAAGUAUGUUCAGCGUAUUGCAUCCGGAGGAGAUGGAGAGACAUUGAAAUUUUUUGGCCAGUCCAUCCACGGAGAAAUGGAUUUAAAUGGAGAUGGGCUAACGGAUGUGACCAUCGGGGGCCUUGGUGGUGCUUCCCUCUUCUGGUCUCGAGAUGUGGCUGUAGUUAAAGUGACCAUGAAAUUUGAGCCCAAUAAAGUGAAUAUUCAAAAGAAAAACUGCCAAAUGGAAGGAAUUGAGACAGUAUGCAUAAAUGCCACUGUGUGUUUUGAUGUGAAAUUAAAGUCCAAAGAAGACAUUAUUUACAAAGCUGAUAUGCAAUACCGAGUCACAUUGGAUUCACAAAGGCAGAUAUCUCGAAGUUAUUUCUCUGGAAUUCAAGAUAGAAAGAUUCAAAGAAACAUCACAGUUCUGAAAUCAAAAUGCACUAAACAUUUCUUCUACAUGUUGGACAAGCAUGACUUCCGGGAUUCUGUGAGAAUAACUUUGGAUUUUAAUCUCAGUGAUCCUGAAAAUGGGCCCAUUCUUGAUGAAGCUCUGCCCAAUUCAAUACACGAAUAUAUUCCCUUUGCCAAAGAUUGUGGAAAAAAGGACAAAUGUAUCUCAGACCUUGCCCUAGAAGUGUCCACCACAGAAAAGGAUCUGCUGAUUGUCAAGUCUCACAAUGAUAAACUCAACAUUAGUCUUACAGUCAAAAAUAAAAAGGACAGUGCCUAUAAUACUAGAACCAUAGUAAAUUAUUCUCCAAACUUAAUUUUUUCAGGAAUUGAGGCAAUCCAAAAGGACAGUUGUGAAUUCAAUCAGAGUAUCACAUGUAAAGUUGGGUAUCCCUUCCUGAGAAAUGGAGAAGUGGUUACUUUCAAAAUAUUAUUUCAGUACAACACAUCUUGUAUUAUGGAUAAUGUGGUUAUUAACUUAAAUGCAACAAGUGACAGUGAAGAACCUCCUGAAACGCUUUUUGACAAUGAAGUCAACAUUACCAUUCCUGUAAAGUAUGAAGCUGGAAUACAUUUUUACAGUUCUGCAAGUGAAUACCACAUUUCAAUUGAUGUCAAUGACACAGUCCCUGAGGUUAUUAAUUCUACUGAAGACAUUGGAAAUGAAAUUAAUAUCUUCUAUUUGAUUACAAAAACUGGACUUUUUCCGAUGCCAGAACUUAAACUGUCAAUUUCAUUCCCCAACCUGACCUCAGAUGAUUACCCUGUCCUCUACCCAGUCGGAUGGUCAUCUUCUGAUAAUGCAAAUUGCAGACCGAGUCACCUUCAGGAUCCUCUUCAGAUCAAUUCUGGGAAGGAAACGACCAUAUCCAAAUCUGAAGGUCUCAAACAAGGCACAAUCCAGGACUGUAGUACGUGUAAAUUUGCUACCAUAACAUGUGAUCUGAUUCCGUCUGAUAUGACCCAAGUGAACGUUUCACUUAUCUUAUGGAUGCCAACUUUUAUAAAAGCACAUUUUUCCAGCUUUAAUCUAACUGUAACAGCAGAACUCCAGAGUGAAAAUACAUCAUUUGUCUUAAGUAAUAGCAAUAAAAAGAGAGAGCUGGCUAUUCAAGUAUCCAAAGAUGGUGUUCCAGGCAGAGUACCAUUGUGGGUUAUCCUGUUAAGUGCUUUUGCUGGAUUAUUGUUGCUAUUGUUGCUCAUAUUAUUAUUGUGGAAGAUUGGAUUCUUCAAAAGACCAUUGAAGAAGAAAAUGGAGAAAUGAAGUAUUUUACGAGAUAAAAAAUUAGCAAUAAUUCAAUGAUUUUUCCUCAGGUUUGCCUCAAAUAUGUGACAAGAAAUUUAACAUUAAUUAAAGGCAUGGUCACAUAACUUUCAGUAAUCCAUCAGGGAUUAAUUACUUGGAAAAUUACAGAUCAAGCAAGAUCCAAAAACCAUAGCAUAAAGACAUAUUUUAGUAAAUGCUGACACUAUUUUUAAAUAAUUACUCACUUUUGUUGAGUAAGCAAACAUGCAAUUUUUAAAGGUU